AUGAAGAUCCUAUCAGACAACCUGUCCUCCAUCACCACUMCCCCAACGAACAAGCCAAUCUUCAUCCCUACUGAAAUCAUCCUCCAAAUCGUCUCGCGCCUCGACCGCAGUCUGCGCGGCCACGAGCGCCAACAAACCCUCUACAACAUCUGCCUAGUAUCACAUCAGUGGUACUCAGCCGCUCUAUCUUUUCUGUACUCGAGGCCCAGGUUAGAAAAGGGAAAUGCAUAUCGCAAGUUUACGGACGUGCUAUGUCCGCCUGCGGGUAUGCCGAAGACGAGUUCGAUGAGUAAGGAUCUGGGAGUGUUUGUGCGCAAGUUGGACUUGAGUCGCUUGGUGCAUCAUAGUUCGAAUAGUAUGACGGCGAGGCUGAUCGGGAGGGUAAGGGAGAAUUUGGAGGUUUUUAUUGCGCCGGCCGCGGGGUUUUCGGUAAACUGUCUCUCCCCACUGUCCAAAUGUUCCAAACUGCGCUACCUCGAUCUCUCCCUCAUCCACGAACCUUUAUCCCUGAAAAGCAUACUCAAAUCAAUACGCUCUAUGAAACACCUCAUCACUUUCCGUUCCCCGCUCUCCAUGCGCAUCAACACCGACGAGCAGUCAUCAUCAACAAAAUGGCCCUCGAGCCUCAAAUCCUUGCAGUUCAGCGGCACAAUCGAAACGGCCAUGGAGACAUUUCACUGGCCCUCAAACAUGACCCAACUCUGCCUCAAAAAUUGCCAAAACCUGUCUCUCGAAAAUAUGACAAACCUCGUCAGCAAUCCGCAGCUAGAUGCCAGACUCAAACGCCUCACUAUAUCAACGUACAACCGCGGCCUACAGCCGGAAUGUGUACGUCUAAUACCAGCGUUUUUGCCAAAUCUGCUCUUUCUGAGCGUUCCUGGUGAUCUGGUGCAGGAUACAUUCUUCUCUAUGCUCGACUACCAGCGUCAUGAACUUGCACUCGAGGUCCUGGAGCUGGGGCAUACGCAUACAGGUGAAAGGCUUCAGUUCCACAUGCAAUCGCUUAUCGAUUUGCUGGAUUCGAGACUACCGUAUCUCAGGGCUGUGGGGUUUCAUACUAUGUACGGCGAAUAUCCGGAUCUAGAUGAUGCGCUUCUCGAGCGUGCUGAAGCACUAGGGGAGGAAAUGCGGGUUUCGGAGGAGACGGAUGAGUUUGACGUUGGGACUUAUUACUUUGAUUGA